GCUGGGUCCUGUGAGGGGAGCUUAGGAGAGAUCCGAAGUGGCAAUGACAUGGAUGCAGUGACCUAUGAUGAUGUGCAUGUGAACUUCACUCGGGAAGAAUGGGCUUUGCUGGAUCCUUCCCAGAAGAAUCUCUACAAAGAUGUGAUGCUGGAGACCUACAGGAACCUCACUGCUAUAGGCUAUAAUUGGGAAGACCACAAUAUUGAAGAACAUUGUCAAAGUUCUAGAAGACAUGGAAGGCAUGAAAGAAGCCAUACUGGAGAGAAACCCUCUGAAGGUUUUCAAUAUGGUGAAGUCUUUGCACAUCACAGUAGUCUCCGAGUGAAUAAAAGAACACAUACUAGAAAGAAAUCUUUUGAAUGUAGUCACUGUGGUAAAGCCUUUGCACGUCACAGUCAUCUUCAGAGUCAUGAAAGAAUUCAUACUGGAGAGAAACCUUAUCAAUGUAAUCAAUGUGGAAAAGCCUUUUCAUGGUACAGUUGUCUUCAAAAGCAUGAAAGAAUUCAUAGUGGAGAGAAGCCCUACAAAUGUAAUCAGUGUGGUAAAGCCUUUUCACAAAUCAGUAGUCUCCAAAUGCAUAAAAGAACACAUACUGGGGAGAAACCUUAUGAAUGUAAUCAGUGUGGCAAAGCCUUUGCACGUCACAGUCAUCUUAAAAGUCACAAAAGAAUUCAUACUGGAGAGAAACCCUAUCUAUGUAAUCAAUGUGGGAAAGCCUUUGCACGUCACAGUAAUCUCCUAUUACAUAAAAGAACACAUACUGGCGAGAAACCUUAUACCUGUAAUCAAUGUAAUAAAGCCUUUGCAUGUCACAGUAGUCUCCGAAAACAUAAAAGAACACAUACUGGAGAGAAACCCUAUGAAUGUAACCAAUGUGGGAAAGCCUUUGCAUGUCACUUUUAUCUUCCAAUACAUAAAAGGAUGCAUAUUGGAGAGAACCCUUAUGAAUGUAGUGAGUGUGGUAAAGCCUUUGCAUGUCACAGUUAUCUCCUAAUACAUAAAAGAACACAUACUAGAGAGAAACUAUAUGAAUGUGAUCAAUGUGGUAAAGCCUUUACAUGUCAGAGUCAGCUCCUAGUACAUAAAAGAACACACACUGGAGAGAAACAUUAUGAAUGUGAUCAAUGUGGUAAAGCCUUUGCAUAUCACAGUAGUCUCCAACAACAUAAGAAAACACAUACUGGAGAGAAACCCUACAAAUGUAAUCAGUGUGAUAAAGCCUUUGCACGUCACAGUCAUCUUCAACGGCAUGAACGAAUCCAUACUGGAGAGAAACCUUAUGCAUGUAAUCAAUGUGGUAAAGCCUUUGCUUGUCACAGCAAUCUCCAAAUACAUAAAAGAACGCAUACUGGAGAGAAGCCAUACCAAUGUGAUCAAUGUGAUAAAACCUUUACAUGUCAGAGUUAUCUCCUAAUACAUAAGAGAACACACACUGGAGAGAAACCUUAUGAAUGUGAUGAAUGUGGUAAAGCCUUUACACGUCAGAGUUAUCUCCUAAUCCAUAAAAGAAUACAUACUGGAGAGAAACCUUAUGAAUGUGAUCAGUGUACUAAAGCCUUUAUACGGCAGAGUUACCUCCUAGUACAUAAAAGAGCACAUACUGGGGAGAAAUGCUAUGGGUGUGAUCAAUGUUCUAAAGCCUUUACACGUCAUAGUUAUCUCCUAAUACAUAAAAGAACGCAUACUGGAGAGAAACCUUAUAAAUGUAAUCAUUGUGGGAAAGCCUUUGCACAUCACACUCAACUUCAAAGGCAUGGAAGAAUCCAUACUGUACCGAAAAUUUACAAGUUUAAAUCAAUGUAUAAAGUGUAAUGGCAUGGAAAGUAAGGCUUUGAUGUCUGGCUUUAAGUGAAAUGUGUAGAAAAGCCUUUAUUCUGGCAUUGAAUAAAAUGUUAUAGCAGAGCCUUCGCUAUGUUUGGAUUAAUAAGUCGAGGCUGAAACAUUGUUUUGAGAUUGCUUGAGCCAUGAAUAAUGUUGUCUCUUGGGGGAACCUGCACUUGCUGUUGUAUGGGA